GAAGCUAUCUGGUGCGACGCACUCGACGGCGAACAAAAUUAAGCACACAAACGAACGGAUAAAAAUAAGCGGCAAAGAACCAAACCAUUUCCUCCGCCGCCCACACCGCCGCUGUCGGCCGCCGUCAGAAAUGGCAAUCCUGAUUCACUGCCCCUGUAAUAGUAAGUCCACUUUCUUCAAUUCAUCUCCACCCUUCACCAAUCCCGCCAUAUCCACAACCUUCCCACCUGCUAAAACCCCCAAAAAACCCCACUCGUCAAAUUCUUGCAGAACUUCAUUCCCCGCCCUCAAAUUGUCCAAAUUCAGACGCACCCACAUUACUUUCUGCACCAAAAAUGGAGUCUUCGAGGAAUUUAAGGAUACCCUUUUGUCCAGAAAGCCCGAAAACGAAGAGCCCGAAUUACUCAACAAGCCUUCUCCGAAGCAAGCGAACCCCCUUCCUGUUGAGGAAACAGAACAACUCGAACCGGAUAAACCGGAUAAAGAUGUAAUCUUGGAGCCCUUCUAUAAGUUUUUCCGGCCAUUAGAGGAAGAAAUUAACCGGAAUAAUAUCGAAGAGGAAGAAGAGGGCGAUGAUAAUAUCGAGAAGGUCGGUAUCGAAUACUACGAACCGAAACCGGGCGAUUUGGUAGUCGGCGUCGUCGUUUCGGGGAACGAGAAUAAGCUCGAUGUGAACGUGGGUGCCGAUACGUUGGGCACAAUGCUGACGAAAGAAGUGCUGCCGUUGUACGAUAAGGAGAUGGAUUACCUCUUGUGCGAUGUCGAGAGCGAUUCCGACGAGUUUUUCGUACGAGGAAAGGUCGGGUUGGUGAGGAAUGACGUGGCGAUGGGUGGCGAAAGGGGCCACGGUAGGCCGGUUGUGGACCCCGGUACAAUUCUUUUCGCGGAGGUUCUUGGACGGACGCUUGGCGGCCGGCCGUUGAUCUCGACUAGGAGGCUGUUUAGACGGAUUGCUUGGCAUCGAGUGAGGCAGAUUAAGCAACUCAACGAACCAAUAGAGGUUAAAAUAACCGAGUGGAAUACCGGCGGUCUUCUUACAAGAAUCGAGGGGCUGAGGGCCUUUCUUCCGAAAGCGGAAUUGCUGAAUAGAGUCAACAAUUUCACCGAACUAAAAGAGAAUGUGGGACGAAGGCUGCAUGUGCAAAUUACUAGAAUAAACGAAGAUACAAAUGACUUAAUACUUAGCGAAAAGGAGGCUUGGGAGAUGAUGCAUCUUCAACCUGGAACUCUUCUAGAAGGAACAGUCAGGAAAUUGUACCCGUACGGCGCACAGAUAAGGAUAGGCGACACUAAUAGGAGUGGAUUGCUACAUAUAUCAAACAUAUCUCUAGGCAAAAUUAGUUCCGUUAGCGACGUACUUACCGUCGGUGAAGAGGUUAAAGUUGUUGUCGUAAAAUCGAUGUUUCACGAUAAAAUUUCUCUGAGCAUUGCCGAACUCGAAAGUGAGCCUGGUCUAUUUUUGUCGAACAAGGAGAAAGUAUUUUCUGAAGCUAUAGAGAUGGCAAAGAAGUACAGGCAGAGAAUUUCGGCUGUAUCCGCAAAAAGAAAGCUAGAACCCCUUCCCACGAACGGUUUGCCUUUUGAAGACGAAGAAAAGUUAUAUUCCAACUGGAAAUGGUUCAAAUUCGAGAGAGACAUCGAGAUUUAAAUCCUUAAAAAUUGAAAAUUUAAUUGGUAACAAGGAGAAUUAUCCUAAAAGGGGAUUGAGGAUUUAUUUUAAUCCUGAAAAAUGAAUUCUUCUCCAAUGUGACACUUGUCAUUCGGCAAUUGGAGGAAGAACGGAAGUCGAAGGUAAUAAUUUCUCAGGUGUCUGUGAAUAUGAAACUCUCGUUUAAAUUACGUUUUGCUAAUUUAAGCUUCGAUUUUUGUUUUUCGAUCACAACUUUAUUUAAAAGAGGCGGCUUUGUUUUUUUCUGUACUGCGCUUAUCUUUACCCGUAAAACGAUUCGAGGAUUUGUAAUGGUAGCGCGUAAAAGAUAACGCGACGGUAGAAUCCACUGCCUAGAGUAGCUAUAUGUAUAUUUGCAAUUCUAUUUAUGUUAUUUUCUCUCGAUUUUUCUGCACAUGAAAAUCAUUUUCGAUAUUCAGCUUGUUGAAUGGGUGUGUAAUAAACUAAUAAUGUGUAGCACAGUAACAGUAGCCUCGACCGAAUGAGCCCUAAAACGAAAAAACUUGAAAGUGAGAGGGAGAAGUCC